AUGAACGAUAAAUCAAAUUUUUUAAUUGAGAGAUCCAAAUUUUUAAUUGAAGGUAGUUUAAUUGGCACAAAAUCAGCAAUUGACUUUGAAGCAUAUCAGUCAUUGAUUAUAAUACAAGACGGCGGUAAUUUUAUUAUAAAUAUGAAGGUGCAAUGCAGAGACUCAAAAGUAUCAAUAAAGAAUAGUAGCAGUCUAGAGAUAUCUUCCAAUGGUGGCGAAAUGGUGCUUAGAAAUACAUUCUUAAAUAACAAGUUUGGUAGUGUUUUACAAAAAGGUAACAUUUAUUUAAACUCUGGAAGCUCCAUUAUAAAUUAUAUAAAUUCAACAUUUAAUAUUUUUUCAAAUAUUUAUUCAUCUGGCGAUAAAAAUACAAAUUUUACAAAUAAUGGUUCAGUUUUUAUAUCAAAUUCUGAUCCUAUUAAAGUUGAAUCUCCAUUUAUAAAUUUUGGUAAAUUAAAAACUGAUUUCAAACAAACUCUAUAUCUUACAAGUUAUAAUCAACAGAAUGGUUCAACAUUUAAUCUUCAAGAUGAAUCAGUUUUAGUUAGUAACCAACCUUUACAAAUGGAUGGUGGAAUGCUUUAUGGAAAUGCUACAUUUAAUACAUCAAUAAUGCAUAGUUUUGGCAUGCUGGGGUCUUUUAAUGAUACUUGCUAUAUAUAUAUUAAUGGAGAUUAUACCAUGAGUCAAUAUGGGGUUAUUUAUAUUUUAAUAAACUCUCUUGAAGAUUUUACUCAAAUUUUUAUUAGAGAUACCGCAAUUUUAAAGGGGGAUCUCGAAGUAAAGAUUUCAAAUAAAAUCUCAUCAAAAAAUUUAAAACAAUUAAAUGUUGUAAAUUUUGGAGACCUAGAUAAAUAUUCUAAUGCUUUUAAAAGGGUUAGGUUUAGGACGUUUGACCCAGAGACUGGUUUAGAAAUGGAAGGCAAUAAUUGCGCCCAAAGUAUCUCAACCGAUAGAUCAUUAUCAGUUUUAUUUAGAGAUUGUGAAUCUCCUCUUUCCAACAGUGCAAUCAUUGGUUUUUGUAUUGGCUUGGUUGGUACAGCUGUAAUUGUAGGGGCAGUUUAUAAAUAUCGAAAGAAAAUAACAUCUACUUUUAAUAAUAAUAGGGUAAUUUUAAAAAUUAAAAAACGAAAAACUAGUGAUGAUGAAGAGUUUAAUAACAAUAAUAAUAAUAAUAAUAAUGGUGAGAGUAAUAAUAUGGUUAGCUUGGAUAUAUUAGGCGAUAAUAAUAAUUAUAAUAACGAGAAUAAUAUAAGUGUUAUUAGUGGUGAUGAUAAUAAUAAUAAUAAUAAUAAUAAUAUGGGUGUCGAUUUAAUUAAUAACGAUAAUAAUAAUAACUCCCAAGAAAUAACGCAACCACCUCCUUUAUCGCCAUCUCCGCAUUAUUAA